GCUUUGCGGCCUGAGCCGGAUAUCCGCUCCUUCUGUGUGAGUUUGAAGAGACCCUUGUAGCACGUGGGAUUCGCGUUUACGCAAAAACUUCAGCUUUUUCCCGACAUUUGAAGUCUUUUUAACCUUAUUCCAGCCUUUAAAACCUAAAAGCGAACCCUCGCCGUGAUGUUUCUACAGUUUUAUCUCAAUGAGAACGGAGACAGAGUCUACACUCUGAAGAAGGUGACUCCCGAAGGGCAGCCCACCAGCUCGGCCCACCCGGCUCGCUUCUCCCCCGACGACAAGUUCUCCCGCCACCGCGUGCAGCUGAAGAAACGUUUCGGUAUCCUCCUCACACAGCAGCCCAGGCCUAUUCUGUGAAGGAGCCUCUGUGGAGAAACGGCAGGAUGGAGGUGAUGGUGGGACUGCAAGGGGAAGAGGAAGACGACUCCUGGGUUGGAUUCAAAAAGACUGGAUUGUUGGAAAUGGAUGUUUAGUUUUUACUUAUAAUUAUAAUUUUUUUUUCUGUACUGAAUAAAAUGAUGCAAAUAUUUUCUA